AUGGAUUCGGUGGAUAAAUCUGCUGAUGCUCUUGAUUUCGUGGGGGGUGGUGAAUUGGCUGCCAAUGCAGCCAGUGCUUCUCGUCGAAGUAUGGAGAAUGUAGGAGUUGGGAAUGGAAAGCUCGAGGCUAAUGGGUCGUUUUCGAAUGUGGUUAAUGGGUCUGAAACUAGUAGUAACGUUGAUGACAUUGCUUUUCGGAAUGGUGGAGUUGCUGAGGAAGGUUUUGGGAGCAAGCAAGUGGGGAGUUCAUCGAAUUCAUCACCUAGAUUGUCGGUGUCCCCUGCUGCAGGGACGUCUCCUACGAUGAAAGGCUAUGGUCUGAAGAAAUGGAGGCGAAUUAGGAGAGAUAUGAUUAAGGAUGGUAGUGGUGGUAUGGAUAGUGGCAAAGCCAUGAAGAGGGGUUUGUCUGGCUCUGGUAAUCCGGUCAGACCGGUUAAUCUCGCUUCACCAAUGGGGGAUAAGCUAUCUAAUGAGGGUUUUAUUGGCUCUGUUCAUGGGAAUGGUGUUCCUGGGUCUAGUUUGGACUCUAGGUUCGCUGUUGGCUCUGCUUUUGCUGCUGGUGCAGACUCCGAGAAUAGUAUGAGCGAGGAUCGUAGUAGUAAGUCGUCAACAGCAGCCAGUGCUCCAAGAGCAAGGAAUGACCUUGCUGGUGGAUCAGGCUACGGGUGGGAGAAAAAUAGAACCAAACCUUUGAAUGCUAAGGUUGCUGUAAUCUCAGCUCAACGUGGUCAACUAGGGAAGGGGCAUGUGGAGAGUAGUAAGAAAGCUAGAGGAGAGAGGGCCAUGAUUGAGAAAGAAAACUCUCAGUCCAGCAUGGAAUCUGAUUCACGAAGCUCCAACUUUGUUUUUACUCAGGGUCUUUACUCGGUCACCAGCAAUGGUAAGCAGAGUGAAACAUCAUUGAAUGAUGAUGGCGAGAAUAGCUAUGAUGCACAUGCAGGUGAGCAUCAAGGUAGUGUGGAAUUUCACACUGGCUAUGAUCAUGAGACUGUUGAAGAAGUUGGAUACCAUUCUCAAGAUGGUUCAGCAGUCGAUGCAUCAUCGCAAAAUAAGGAUGAGAAAAUUGAGAAUAACCACCCUUUGAAAGCCAAGGAUCCUUUAGUUGAAUCCAUGUUUAUGCUGCAGUCUGUGCAGGAAGCCCUUGAAAGUGAGAUCCAAAAACUGGGGGAGAUUGGAAAGAUCAGCAGCAACCCCACAGAUCCUCCUCAGACAGAUCCAGAAGUUUCCUCAAGCCCGUUCGCUCGGUUUGAAGCAGCAACCGUUGCAAUGUUAUCCGAAAAUGUAAAACAUCUAGAAAGCAGGCUGAAGGAGGCAUUGGCAAUGCUGUGUGCAAAGGAGGCCAGGGUCGCUGAACUAGAAGACACCUUGCAGCGCCGCAGGUCAAACAGUCAACCAACAAGUACGGACGAGAUGGAGCUCGAGGCUAUAUUCAAGCAGAAGCUGGAGGCUGAGGUUCAAUGUUUGGCAUUAACAAAGACACUACAGCAUUCUACACCUGGAGAAAUGGAAGCCCUAAUUGGGGAGCAAGAGCAAAUGGUGCAGAAAUUCAAACAAGUUGAGAGUAACGCUGAGGCGGUGAAGAGAGGCGUGGAGGUUUUGGCUGCGGAGAAGGAGGGGAAGGAGAUUCGUCAAGGGUUGCGCAAGGCUGCUUCUUGCCUCUUCAUCCAGUUGCUGCUGCUGAUCUUGGUGGUUUGGUUCGUUGUUUCGCAGCUGUCUCCUCAUUCUGGGGCUUUUGUACCCACAUGA